AUGUCUACACUCGAACAAUUGCGUCAGUUCACUACAAUCGUAUCCGACACCGCCGACUUCGAAAAACUUGGCCAUUACCGCCCCCGGGACAAUCCUUCACAUAUCUUGAACGCGGUAAAACUACAAAAGUACACACAUACAAUAUCUGCAGCUGCAUCGUACGGGAUCUCGCAAUCGCAAGACCUCGAAACUCGGGUUCAAUAUGCAAAACUACACCUGAUGGAGUCCUUCGGCGUUGAGAUUCUCAAGCGUACAGCUGGCCGUGCGUCUACUGAGGUGGAUUCAACGUAUUCUUUCGACCGCGACAGAACGAUUGCCAUGCCGAGGGACGUGGUUGGACUGUAUGAGAAAUUUGGAGUCUGCCGCGACCGGGUGCUGAUCAAGAUCGCGCCCACUGCAGGCCUGCCAGUAUUUUCCCGGGACGGACUACACGAGUUGAAAGAUCCGGGCGUCCAACUGGUGACCAAUAUAUUCCAUCAUUACAAGAGUUUGGACAUCAAGACGCAGAUCAUGGCAGCCAGUCUCAGGAAUAUUGACGUGUGCGUCGAUCUCGCGAGUGUUGAUCUCAUGACCCUUAACGUCAGGUUACUCAAAGAGUUGAAGAAUGCAGACUAUGAAGUCAAAGCCCGUUUGCUUGUCGCUAAUGGUGAGACCGGAGCUCACAAAGCGUCUCCUGAAUAUCUACUAGAUGAAGCGAAAUUCAGUAUCGACCUCUUCAUGGACGUAAUGGCGACGGAAAAGAUCAAUGAGAGUCUGCGCAUAUUUCUCAACGACGGCGAGGAGCUGAAAAACUUGCUCUGA